AUGGCUGCAAUGGCAACCACCGAAGAUUCCCUGAAAUGGUCCGCCCAAUAUCAGGUUGCGCGCUCGGAUCGCACGGCGAAAUUGCAAGGCGACAAAAUCACACUGCCACAGUCUGCCCUUGAAGCCCUUCUUGCUGCUGCACCAGUCGUAUCCAUUGGCAAGGACUCCUCGACGCCAUACACGUUGACCUUUGACCCUUUCAAUCCUUACACCUUUGCUGCAGAACGCGAAGCGCGACAGCAGCUCAGUGACCGGCAGCAGCAGCUUCCUCACCCACUGACUUUCCGGCUCGUGAACCCGCAGAACGGUCGUAUCGUAUAUGCUGGCAUACGGGAGUUCUCCGCAGAAGAGAAUCAGAUAGGGUUGAGCGGAGUGCUUCAAGAUGCACUUGGGCUGGGAAGCGGGUCUUCAGCUGUGACACGAGAACAGACACCAAAUGGAGACGUUGAGAUGGGUGGGAGUGACAUUUCAACACCACAGGUUAUCACUGUUCAUGCAAAGCAGUUGCCGAAGGGCACUUAUGUCCGAUUGAGACCGCUCGAGGCUGGCUACGACCCGGAAGAUUGGAAAUCGCUAUUGGAAAGAUAUCUACGAGACAAUUUCACAACCCUGACCAACGGCGAGAUCUUGUCCAUCCGGUCUGGACGGCGUGAAAAGUAUCAGUUUUUGGUCGACAAGCUUGAGCCGGAUGGAGAAGGAAUCUGCAUCGUGGACACUGAUCUUGAGGUGGAUAUCGAGGCAUUGAACGAGGAACAAGCGCGAGAGACCUUAAGCAGAAAGCUGGCAAAAGGCCAACAUGCUCCUGGCACAACAGAAGGAAGCUCUGCAGGAGGCGCCUUAAUCAUUGGCGACCAACAAACCGGCCAAGUUCUUGCUGGAGAAUAUGUGGAUUACGAGCUCAAAAUGUGGCCCAGGGAUGGUCAGGGGAUCGACUUUGAUCUUGAAGUGGGCCUGGAUGAGGCAGAGUUGGACCUCUUCGUCAGCCCAUUCUCGUUGAGACAGAGAGCAAAGCCGAGGGACGAUGAGCACGUCUUUGGAGAUUUCAGUAGUCGUUCUUCCAAACGCAUCCGCCUGUCAGCUACCAAUGUUGAGCUUGAAGACGCUGAAACACUUUACGUCUCUAUCCAUGCCUAUAGCGAGAGUACAGAGCAAGAUAAAUCUUUACCACCAAUACCUUUCGUUCUUCGCGCCAUAGCGGCCAAUUCUGAAAUUUCAGACAGCGACAGCAUCGACAACACCGCCGGCACUCCCUCCGUAGACGAAUUAAUCUGCAAAAACUGCCAGCAAACCAUCCCCAAGCGCACCCUUCCCCUCCACGAAGCCUUCUGCUACCGCAACAAUAUCUCCUGCCGCAAGUGCAACCAAGUUUUCCUCAAGAACUCUCCCGCUUGGAAAACGCACUGGCACUGCCCGCACGAUGCCUCCCACGGCAACACCCCGCUCUCUCAACGCAAACACAACUCGAUCUACCACCCUCCAACCCCUUACCCAUGCCCCGGCUGCUCCUCCUUCGACGCCCCAACACUCCCUUCGCUGGCCCACCACCGCGUCACCCUCUGCCCAACCAAAGAGAUCCUCUGCCAAUUCUGCCACCUCGUCGUCCCCCAGCAAGGCCCCGAUGACCCCUCCUUCACAGAUCCGGAGGUCCUAAUGUCAGGUCUAACACCGCACGAACUAGCCGACGGCGCACGAACCACCGAAUGCCACCUCUGCAACAAGAUUGUCAGACUACGCGACAUGAAAACCCACCUCAUGAUCCACGAUCGAGACCGCAUCUCCCGCCCCAAGCCGCGCAUCUGCCGUAACGCACUCUGCGGCAGAACCGUCAAGACAACCAAAGGAAGACACGUCGUCCAGCAGCUCGGCCUCUGCGAUGAGUGUUUCGGCCCCCUGUACGUCACCUCCUACGACCCGGAGGGCAAGGCUCUGAAGAGACGCGUGGAGAGGAGAAUGCUCCAGCAGCUCAUGGCCGGCUGCGGGAAGACGUGGUGUCGGAACGCCGAGUUCUGCCGCACAGCCCGCAGCAACAUCAGCGGCGAAGAUAGGGGCCUGAGUGCCAAGGAGGCCCUGCCGCUCGUUAAGCCCGUCAUCGAUCACCUGGAUAGUGGGGAUUCGUUGUUCUUCUGUGUGGAUGAGGCGAGUCAGUGCAGACGCGAGAUUGCGAGGCUGUUGGCGGAGACGGAGACGGACGCGGAGUAUGAGCCGGAGUGGUGGGUUAGGGCGCUGGAGGAGGUCAGGGCUGGCACGGGUUCGGAGGCCGAGCUGGAGGAGAAGGUGGUGAGGGCGAGGGAGUGGCUGGGUAAGAAUGCGCCGCGGAGGGGGGAGGUGGUCAAAUAG